GGCCCGCCGGGAGGAGCGGCCCCGCCAGCUCCGGCCAUGGCGCCACCGCCCGCAGCGCUCUGCCUGUUCGACGUGGAUGGCACCCUCACGGCCCCGCGGCAGAAAAUCUCGGCGGAGAUGGCGGCGUUCGUGCAGCGGCUGCGGCAGAAGGUGAAGGUGGGAGUGGUGGGCGGCUCGGACUUGGCCAAGAUCCGCGAGCAGCUGGGAGAGGACGUGAUUGAAAAAUAUGACUAUGUGUUCCCAGAAAACGGCCUGGUAGCAUACAAAGAUGGGAAGUUCUUGAGCAAGCAGAGCAUUCAGGGCCACCUGGGUGAGGACAUCCUUCAAGAUAUCAUCAACUACUGCCUGAGUUACAUUGCAAAGAUUAAACUGCCAAAGAAGAGAGGCACCUUCAUUGAGUUCCGAAACGGGAUGUUAAAUGUGUCCCCCAUUGGAAGAAGCUGCAGCCAGGAAGAAAGACUUGAGUUCUAUGAAUUUGAUAAAAAGGAGCAUAUAAGAGAGAAAUUUGUAGCUGAUCUACAAAGAGAAUUUGCAGGCAAAGGCCUCACAUUUUCUAUAGGAGGGCAGAUAAGCAUCGAUGUGUUCCCCAAUGGCUGGGAUAAAAGGUACUGCUUAGGAAUUGUUGGCAAGGAUGGAUACAAGACUAUUUAUUUCUUUGGAGACAAGACCAUGCCAGGAGGGAAUGACUAUGAAAUUUUCACAGACUCCAGAACAGAAGGCCACAGUGUCACAUCCCCACAGGAUACAAGGAGAAUCUGUGAAGAGCUGUUUUUUAAAUAAAAGACUUGAAGAAUUCACACUUCCAAGACGGUUAAAACUUGAAACAUCAUCUUCCUUCUGUAUUGCUUUUUUGUAAUUGGUCAGGAAUAGCAGGUGCUUUGCAGGUCAGUCAUUAGUGAAGGGAAAUAUUUUAAUUGAAGACCCCUUGCUGACUGGGGGAGCACAGCAGAGCUCAUUUAACACCAUCCUUUCAGUUUCCAUUCACAUAAAUUGUUUUCUUUUUACUUGAUUGUGGGGUUUGGGUUGGGUUAUAUUUUGCUUUUUAAGAUACCUGUAAACUUCCUUAACUAAUUAAUUAUAAUUUAGGGAGGGAAGGAGAAGCAUAAUCUGCCUCUAGUUGAUUCACAGUCUCAAAAUUUGCCUCCAAGGCUUAAUCCCUGGUUUUUUAUCUUGAGGCUGUUUUUUAAAAGAUGCAGUUGUUUGUUUUAAAUACUUACCUUGUGCUAAAUUAAUUAACUUGAAUUAUAAGACAAGUUGGCAUUUUCUUGUCUAAAACUGGAAGAUGAGUAGAAGGGAAAGGUUUUAUUUCUUCCUUGGGUUGGGAAGAUGGUACUGAACCAGAAGUCCCUGACUGUCAUCCCUGGGGAAUGCUGGACCAGCUGGUGCCAAAGUUCCCUCCUUGGGGAGGGAUGGAUGUGGUGCCAAGGCACAGUCAGGUCAUGGUACCUACACCCUUUGCAUACCAAAUCUAAAAAAAAUCAUUUGUAAAAAUUAUUUAAAAUAACUUCAGCACAUUAGGAAAAUAGAUUUCUGUCACUUUGUGAUCAUUUUCUGAGAUUCCUGGUUAAGGGUAGGUGAGAUUUUUUGCACUACUAAAAUUACCAAAUUAUGUUUGUAUGAAAAUUCAAGUCAAUGCCUGACACUCUGUAACUGUUAAUAAUACUUUUCUCACCUGGUAUUAGGAAAGUAAUCUUGAGGAUGAACGGUUUGAUUUACUAAAGGAGAAUAAAAUCUGAUUUUAUCAUGAAAAAAUACUGUUUCAGUUUUUCAUCUUGGUAAAUAAAAUACUUAAAGCAAA